AUGAGUUUUUUCAGCCGCAAGAAUAAACAGGCUGCGCCCCAAGCGGCUCCUGCAGUGUCUGUUGCGCAGACACCAAGCCAGGCGCUGGCUCAGCUUUCUGCUGCGGCUGCCGCGAAGGAGCAGCAGAACGCCCCCCAACACCCCCCUCCCCAGCGCAACGAUGAAUUGUUCGUAUUACAUUCUGUCGUUACGGAAUGUAUCACUUAUGAGCUUGCCAGUGCACCAAGUAGUAUCACCAGCAACAACAGUCUGAGUAGCGCGAACGGGCAGCCGAAUGGUCUACAACAGCGCCUUAAAAACUCUGGAAUCCCCAACGGUCCCAGUCCUCAGGCGCAGGCGCAGGGCCAACAGCCACCAUCUUCCAAUUCACAACAACCGCGUUCCGCUUAUCCAUGGGCUGCAUUCCGACCGAGCCUCCCUCCUCCCUCCAUACUGAACAAACCUGGUGUGGCUCCCCCCACAACACCGUCCCCGUCCCCAUUCCCCCGCUAUGGCCAUGCGCUGCCUGCGAACGCGACCGCCAGCGGCGACCUGUACAUCUUCGGCGGCUUGGUGAGGGAGGCGGCCCGCAACGAUCUCUACCUUUUUUCGACCCGGGAGCAAUCCGCAACUCUGCAGCAAACAGCUGGCGAUGGGCCUUCACCGCGGGUCGGGCAUGCCAGCGCGCUGGUCAGCAAUGUGCUCAUUGUCUGGGGUGGGGACACCAAGACAGAUCCGAAAUCCAGGCCAACUGACAAGCAAGACGACGGCCUGUACCUAUUGAACCUGGUUUCGCGGGAGUGGACGAGAGUCUCUGUGCACGGAACAGCCCCACCUGGAAGAUAUGGACACGCUGUCACGAUGGCAGCUGGCUCCAAAUUCGUUGUGUUCGGUGGGCAAGUGGAUGGAGAGUUUUUGAAUGAUCUAUGGUCCUUUGACCUCAACUCCCUGCGCACUAGAGCAACAUGGGAACUGCUGGAACCCGCUUCCGAGGACCGUCCGGCUCAGCGAACGGGGCAUAUUACGUUGACGUUCGAUAAUCGGAUCAUUGUUUUCGGUGGUACCGACGGGCAGUACCAUUACAACGACACGUGGUCAUUCGACCUCGCCACCCGCCAAUGGUCUGAGCUGCAAUGCAUCGGGUUCAUUCCGUCGCCUCGUGAAGGACACGCGGCUGCGUUGGUUGAUGACGUGAUAUACAUCUUUGGCGGUCGGGGUGUUGAUGGAAAGGAUCUAAGCGAUCUCGCUGCAUUCAAAAUCUCCAAUCAAAGAUGGUAUAUGUUCCAGAACAUGGGCCCGUCACCCAGCGGUCGUUCAGGCCAUGCCAUGGCUGCUGUCGGACCCAGAGUGUACGUCCUGGGCGGUGAGUCAUUCACCCCGUCAAAAACGGAUGACCCGGGAUUGGUCCAUGUUCUCGACACGAAACACAUCAAGUAUCCGGCCAAUCCACCGCCGGCCCCCCAACAACAAGGCGUGACGCGUCAGGCUUCGGCCAACCCAGCGCCGUCACAACUGGCCUCGGCUGCUGCUCGAUCUGGGUCACCAAGUGUGCACUUGGCCGGUGAACCCGACGACUCUCGCCGAGCGAUGUCCCCUCCGAACAUGAGGAAAGCGAACGGGAUAGCGAACGGCAUUCCUAAUGGUGUCCGAGGGGGAACACCGCCUGUCCGGCCGCGCCGCGAGGAUGUCGAAGACGUCGAGCUGGUUGAUGAGCCUGUCCGCGAGCGAACGAUGUCACCGGAGCAGCCAGCUGCUCAACGUGUCAAAAGCCCGGCGUUUAGCGUGGCGAGCCGGGCAGUAUCGCCGACGAACGGCAUGUCUGGGGAGCCCCCCAACAUGGUCAGCAUGUCGAUGCCCAUGGGUGGCCGGGGAUCUCCGGCGGUUGACAGGGCACGUCCAUCCGUGGAGGCUCCGAGCAGCGGGUCACCGACGAUAGCGUCUCAUACCGGUCACGGAUCGCGGGCCGGAUCUGUCACCAAUGUCAACGCCGAUCUGCUCAAGGACCUCAAAGCCAAGGAGCUCGAACUCGAAGCUGUGCGACGUCAAAUGGCAUGGAUGAAGGAAGCGUUGGGUAAGGCGUCCAAGGCCGGCUACGUUCAGGACGGGCCAGAAAUGGAGAUGAGCGACGAAGGCACCGACUCCAGGCUACGAGAGCUCGCGAUGCAAUUCAAAACCUUCAAAGCUCGGAUGCAGAACAUGAUGGUAGAGCAGGCCAAGGCUGCAUCGGACAAUAUUGCCGAUGCCGAGCGGAUGAAGAACAGCGCAACACAGGAAGCUGCUUACUAUCGAGCAAAGAUGUCCGCUUUGGACGAGAACAAUGCUGGCGAGGUGUCUCGUAUGGAGAAGGAGCGAAUCAAGGACCUCGAGCAGCGGCUCUCCGCCAUGAUGAACGAGCGAUGGGAGCAAGAUCGAAAAAUGAGCGAGCUUUCCGACUCUCUGGCGCUGCAGACGAUGCUGUACGACCAGGCCGAGGCUCGAGCCAACGAGGCAACGCGACGAGCCGAUCUAGAGGAAGAGUCACAUGAGCGGACGAUAACGCGCCAUAACCAUUUGCAGGAGCGAAAUCACAACUUGGAUGCUCAGCUCCGAGAGCACUCUGAACGACUUCUCAGCCACACCUCGGCAUUGGAGCAGAGGGAAGCGGACGAGAUGAGUCUACGGGCUCAGGUUGAAGAGCUCAUCCAGUCGCGGGAUCAGCAUCUCCGCGCUCUGGAGCAAGCUCAGAUCACCAUACAGGCUUCCACCUCUCGAUCAGAAGAGAUGGAUCUGCAAUACGAACGUGCUCGCGAGACCAUCACCUCCCUCGAAUCCGACACCGCAGAGCUUCGCGGGGAACUAGAGAGCCGGUCGUCAGAGGUUGACGCUCUCAGAAAUCGACUCACCGAGGCGGAGAAUGCCUGGGCAAAGUCACGCGAGGAGGCCGAUGCCUUCAGGGCCCUCACGACAGGCAGUUUGGGAGAACUGUUGGAUUCGCACAAGGAUCUCAAGGCUGAUGAGGACCGUUCCACCAGAGGCCACGCGAAAAGGCAGCUGCGAUGGAGGCCGAAGCAGCACCAGAUCUCGCUGGCUGAGGAGAGGAAGCGCGUGCGGGAUCACGAGACCGAGCAUUCCUCACUGCGCUCGCAAAUUGUUGCCUUGCGCACCCAGCUUGCCACCGCCCAUACCGAAAGCAGUCGAUUGAAAAGGGAGCUCUCUGAUCGAGAAGCCCAGCUCAGCGAGCGGUCUCGAGAGUCCACCGAAUCCAACGUGCGGCUCGUCACGCUACGAAAUUAUCUGGCCGAGAAUGGCAUCAGCGUCGACGACGAAGCAGAGAACCCGCGGUCACGUGCCACGGGAGCUGCAUCACCGCUCGUCUCUGAGCUUGAGAACAAGCUGGCAGAGCGCACCAGAAUGCAGGAGAAUGCAGAACGGGAGCUUAGCCAAGCGUUGCGCAAGAACCGGGAGAUUGAGGCCACUUUGGACAAGGUCUCCGUGCAACUCGACGAGGCCCGAUCUAGUCCUGCGACGAAUCCGGAUGCGGAGCUCCGGGCCACUGAAGCUGAGCGCAAGCUUGAAGAGACGGAGCAAGGCUACAAAGCUCGUAUGCAGCAGAUGGAGGAGGACUACCAACUGGCUGUCCAUUACGUCAAGGGAACAGAAAAGAUGAUGAGACGGAUGCGAGAGGAGCUGACCAAGCAGAAGAACACCAACGUCACGCUCCAAGCCGACCUCGACGCUUCCCGCAACGGUAAAGACCGAAAACUGCUGAACGGACGAUCUACGCCAUCAUCAGAAGACGGCCACGACACGCUUUUGCGCGGGCAGCUCGUCGAUGCCCAGCGCCAAGUGCAACGACUCAACAAUGACAACAAGGAACUGCGUCUCCGGCUGGAGAACUUGGAGAAAGAUCUGGAGCUGAUGCGCGACAAUCUGCUGGCGUCGCAGCGGGAAUCUGAUGACCGGCUGACUCAGGUCGAGGAUCUGCAGCACGAGGUGGAGCGGCUGGAGUCGUCGCUCGCCGUCACAAGGGGCGGCAACGAGGAAACGUUGCUCGAGAAGUUGAGCAGCGAAAACACGAAUCUCCGGCGCGAGAAUGAUCAGCUGUCGCAUAAGAUUGGGCUACUGUUGGAGGUGGACCAGCCAUCUUUCGGCCGCAGACCAAUGUCUGGCGCUUCGGGCCGACCCGGCAGCAAUUCGAGCCUGGAAAAUGCGUUGGCGUUCGAAAAUCUGAGCAGCGAGCUCGACGACUGGCAGCGGCAGCUGGCGAGCUCGAUGAGCAACCGGAGACCGCUGAGCGAUUUCGAUUCAGAGCCAGAUCGCGCAAAAUCGCCGCCACGAAUAUAGUCUUGCUUUGUAAUGCUUGUUUGCCAGCCUCCUCCAUCUACG